UCAAAUAAAGAAAUAAGUAAACAAAAAAGUAAUUUUAUGUAUGUUUUUAUUCUCUAGACUUCACUAGGAAUUGGAUUGUAUCUAUAUUAUUAUUUGUCUCAAAUUAUGUUGCCUGUAGAACUCACGGGGAAGAGAUUUUGAUGGGAGGCGCGACAGAAAUUUGGAUGCAGAAAUGACUCAAAGAUAAACAUGUAAAAUAGCGGGUGACAGUCCAAAGAAAGACGAGAAAAGCUACUUGUGAAAUUUAACGAAAAUAAAUUAUUUCACACAAUUUUCUUAGCCGAGGGCGUCCUCUGGUGGCUAAUUCUAUACAUACGUCUAAAUGUAGACGAGAAGAGGGCGAGGCUCUUCGUUUUGCGCCUCCUAUGUCGUGACGUAGACAUUCUAGGAUAGCAACAGUUGCCUCGAGACCCCGUUGCGCCAUAGUGACUGUAGCCGUGGAGACAGUUACUUACCAACGGGCGCAACACUGAUCCACAGCAGCAACAGAAGCAGCAGCAGCAGCAGCAUCUGGACGAACGGAAAAGCUGAACCGGGGUACAACUUUUCUCCACACACAGCAUGCAGAGCUCAGAGGGAGGGUCAGAAAGUACGACCAGCGUGGCGGCGCUGCGGACGUCAUCAACCCAGGCUCCUGUGGUACAGCCUGUCCCAGCCUCCCAGCAGAGGGUGCUGGUUCAAGCCUCAGGCUCAGCUCAGAAGGGAGGAGAAGUACAGCAGCUUUCAGUUCCCAGGGUUCAACAGGUUCCUCAGCAGCAGGUGCAGCCAGUGCAGCAUGUUUAUCCUUCCCAGGUUCAAUAUGUAGGAGAAAGUGGGGAGACUGUUUACCCCAAUGGAACCAUUCGAUCAGCCUACUCCUACAACCCUGAGGCUCAGCUGUACGGACAAAACAGCGGGGGAAACUACUUUGACUCACAGGCCAGUGGCACUCACGCCACCACGGUGGUUUCCUCUGCCAGUGGUGGGGUGCCCUCACACAGCAUGGUGGGAAUUGCCAUGGACGUGGGCACCAGCCACAUCAUCUCCAGUGGAAGUACUUACCUGAUCCACGGAGGAAACAUGGAGGGAAGUCGCAACCACAUCUCACACUCGUCGCGCUCCUCAUCAGCUAUGCUUGAAAUGGCGAUUGAAAACCUCCAAAAGUCUGAAGGAAUUGCAAGUCACAAAAGCAGCCUGCUCAACAGCCAUCUUCAGUGGCUCCUGGACAACUAUGAGACAGCAGAGGGAGUCAGUCUGCCCCGCUGCUCCCUCUAUAACCACUACUUGCGACACUGUCAGGAGCAGAAACUGGAUCCGGUCAACGCAGCUUCCUUCGGCAAGCUCAUCCGCUCCGUCUUCAUGGGCUUGAGGACUCGCCGCCUUGGCACCAGAGGCAACUCUAAGUACCAUUACUACGGCAUCAGGGUGAAGCCAGACUCACCACUGAAUCGUCUGCAGGAGGACACGCAGUACAUGGCCAUGAGGCAGCAACCGGUCCAUCAGAAGCAGAGGUUUAAGCCCCUACAGAAGGUGGACGGUAUGUCUGACAGCCUGUGUGGAAGCUCUCAGAACUGUAACAGCACUCCAGAGCAGUCUGUGGCUGCUCAGAGCCAACACCACCAGCAGUACAUAGACACAUCUCACACUUUGCCUCCAUUCCCCUCUCCUGACUUGGGCACUCAGCUGUUGCCUGAGCGCAUCAACAUGAAUGAUGUCAAAAAGCUGCAGACGCUCUACAGGGACCACUGUGAGGCCACUCUGGAUGUGGUGAUGAACCUCCAGUUCCACUACAUUGAGAAACUGUGGCAGACUUUUUGGUAUUCAACACCGCCAUCUAGUGACGAAAAUACGUCCAUCAGCAACAGCGAUGACGACAUGGAAGGUGUGAUUCCACAAGAGAAGCUGGUGGCGCUGUGUAAAUAUGAGCCGGUGCGACUGUGGAUGAGGAGCUGUGACCACAUUCUCUACCAGGCACUGGUGGAGAUCCUCAUCCCUGACGUCCUGCGUCCAGUUCCCAGCACUCUCACUCAGGCCAUUCGUAACUUUGCCAAGAGUUUGGAGGGUUGGCUGACAAACGCCAUGACCAGCUUCCCUCAGGAGAUCGUCCGCACCAAGGUGGCUGUGGUCAGCGCGUUUGCCCAGACUCUGAGACGUUACACCAGUCUGAACCAUCUGGCCCAGGCGGCUCGUGCCGUCCUCCAGAACACCUCCCAGAUCAACCAGAUGCUCUCCGACCUCAACAGGGUGGACUUUGCUAAUGUCCAGGAACAGGCGUCCUGGGUGUGUCAGUGUGACGAGAGCGUGGUCCAGCGUCUGGAGCAGGACUUUAAGGUCACCCUGCAGCAGCAGAGCUCUCUAGAUCAGUGGGCGACCUGGCUGGACAACGUGGUGACUCAGGUCCUGAAGCCACACCAGGGCAGCCCCAGCUUCCCCAAAGCUGCGCGACAGUUCCUGCUCAAAUGGUCUUUCUACAGCUCCAUGGUGAUCAGAGACCUGACCCUGAGGAGCGCAGCCAGUUUCGGCUCCUUCCACCUGAUUCGUCUCCUGUACGAUGAGUACAUGUUUUAUCUGGUGGAGCAUCGUGUGGCUCAGGCCACAGGAGAAACUCCUAUUGCCGUCAUGGGAGAGUUCAGUGACUUGACGUCUCUGAUGCCUUCACUGCUGGAAAAAGAUUCCUCCUUCUCUGAUGAGCUGAGCGACAUGGGCAGCGACGCCGACCGGUCCAGAGGACCAACUGAACCAGCUGUGAAGAGAGAGAGGAUUGAAAUGAGUCACCCGCUGCAGGAAAUGUGAGUCCAUCAGUCACACAGCCACAAAGACCAGCAUCUCCUGAGCUGAGCCCACAGUGGAUCUGAGGAGACCCUGUGGGACCCGGUGGCCUUUUCUUCUUCUUCUUCUUUCUGCAGUCUGUGUGUGCAGUGUACAUAGGAAGUAGCAUCAUCAGCUCUCUGCUCAUUAGUGAAUUACUUCCCAGGAAGAUCACGUUUUUUUUUUUACUCACAGAGGUUUAACACCAGCCUGAGUCUUUAUUUUUUUUGUGUUGCAACUGUGAAAGAAUUUGUGCAGUACAUUUUAUGGGGUGUGUGUAUCACGGGUUUGGGUGUUUGUGGGUUUUUUAUUUUUUUAUUUUGUUUGUUUGUUUCUCUCCUGGAUUUCCACUAGCUGUGCCAUAGUGUCAUUUGAGUGCCUUAGAUCGCUGUGUUUUUAUCACCACUGCAGACGUCGCCCUCUCUCUCUCUCUCUCUCUGUCUCUGUCUCCCUCAGCUGUGCCUCAACCGCAGUAUGAAUGUAACGUCUCCAAACCUCAGACAUUCAAAGCACCUUUAACAUUGUUGACACCUAGGUGUGUGAAUCCUCGUUGCCUCUGCUGCAGCUCGCAGCAAAUAUAGAAAAAUGAGAACAAAAAAAAGGGUAAACAUGCAACCUACUGACCCAAAGGACCUCUCCCUCAGUUCAUCCCAGCAGGGUCCCUCAGUGGCGCCACCCUCAGUCUCACAGUAGAGAACACAGGUAACGUUCAGUAACCUCAGCUGCGUUAGUUUCUUAUACCUCAGUAGAUUCUAUGCUUGGCUCCGGUUCUGCUCAGACGACACAAGGCGAGUGUUAAAUAACAAAACGAUGAUGUAGCCACUGUUGAAGUUUGUGUCCCUCGGCCCGGUUUCUGGCUUUGGUGUCUGUCCGCUAAAUUAUUUUAAAGGAGAACUGCUGUCAAAGGUCAAAUCAUUUUAGCAGACAUUAGUCAAGUCCUAAAUUAUGGGCUGCACCCUAGAGGAGCUGCAUACGUAUUCUGGACGUUGUAAAAUGAUAUUACAAAAUUACUACUACAAAAAUGCAUCAUGGUGAUUACUGAUACUUACCCAUUUUCCCUUCUAUCUGUCACACCAGCGCGUUAGUCAUAUCUGUUCAAAUAUACAUCAAGAAGAGGGAAAAAAA